CUUCAGUAUAGCACUGGAAGGUAACAAGUUAAUCUUGUCAUUCAGCCGCCCUUGUCUCAACUAUGAGGCUCCAACUACUUAUGAUAUGCUUCUUCAACGGAGCCUUAGGACUUCAAAAUGACUCUUCUCAAGCAGAAUUCAACCCUGCGGUAAUUUUUUCACACGCAACAGAACUUCUAGAAGGGGACAUCUUGCAAAUAAAGUGUAUGAUUCCAGUGACAGAAGAAACACAGGGUCAGUUAUGCAUAUAUCUCUGCAAGGAUGGUAUCGGGACCAGAAUGGAAAGACUUACAAAGUCAAAGAGCACACAAGAGUUUAACGUUCAGCAGGUUGCGAUAAAAGACUCUGGUAAUUACAGCUGUGUGUGGUCAACAAAAAAGCACUUUGUGCAAAAUGUGACAGCUGAAGGCCACAACACCGUCUUCAUCCAAGUCAGAGAAUUUGGUUUGGGCAGCAUCUAUCUAAGAAAUACUGUCGUAUUUGAGAGUGCCAGUGUGGAUCUGAUAUGUUUCGGUUGCAACACCAAGACAGUCAAAUCUUUCCACAUGUACUUGUGCAUGAAUGGAGCUGGGGUCGACAUGGUUGUGGCUCAUUCCGAUGGGAUAGCGCGUUUUACACUUGGACAAGUCAAAAGAGAAGAUUCUGGCAAUUACAGCUGUGUGUACUCAAUAAAGAAAAAUCCUCUUGGCAACGUGGCUGUCACAAACGAAAAAUCCGUAUUCAUCCAAGUCACAGAGAUGGAUGUCCACCAGUGGUCGGUGGAGUCGAGAAAUGUCAUCAGACUCCUGUGUUCAGUUGGAUUGGUCAUUGCAGCUGUGGCUUUCCUGAUCAUUCAUAAUUUCUACAGCAUAAAAGCAAUGUUCUGUACAACGAGUACUCCAGCAACGAGACCCCAGACUCCAAAACCAGAUGACACCGCUAGCUGCUCUAUAGAGACUCGGCAGCUGAAAGAGAGAAGAGAAUCCGGACAAACGCAACUUUCUUCAACUGUUUCACCACAAGGGGAAGAGUCCUAAGGACUUCAACCUAUAGCUUUCACAACAAUUUCUAUUAUUUGUUCACUCCCCUGAACCAACACGUGUGACUGUACGCAUAUUGAUUUGGCAUUUCAUUUCUGUCUAUCUUAGAAGUCACAUGGAUUAUGUGUGUUUGAAUGGUCUGCAUGCAUUGGUCUAUGAUACAGUAGGUUUGUGUGAUGAGUUAUCAGUGAUGUUUGUAUACUGACUUGCGUGUUGUUCAUGCACAGUACAUUUAGAUCUACACAAAAAGUAACAAUUACACAUGUACCAUUUAACUUACAGAACAGAAAUUAAUAUUUAUAUAUAAUUUAAUAUUUUUGUAUAUAUGUUUAUGUUAACUUUUAUUUAAAGCAAAAGGUCUUCAGCCAGCAAUACGCUUCAGAGUAAUACAAUUAUAGCAAAACAUUUAGUAUACAAUACUGAUUAAUAUAACUGUAUACUGUAUACCGCAUGAAUAAUCAUGUCUUGCAUUUCAUUUAUUUUAUUUAUACUUUAUAGCAUAUUUAUACUUUAUACUUUGGACACAUCUUCUCAAGAAGCCCAAACUGUUACAUUUGUUGCAUAUUUGUCUUUUUUCCACAUUGCAGAUAUUGUUUGUUUUUUUUUACUUUCAUUUUCACUCAUUCUUUUUUAUUAUUUUAUUUAUAUUAACUCUGUAUAGCUGAUUAGGUUAAACAACUGGAAAGGGUGUGGCAAUAUGUUCAGUGAAGCUAAACUUUUCUGUCUGUCAUGUAGGCCUAUAUUAAAAAUGAACAGCUAACUUUUCAAUUAAAA